AUGGUCAAGGGUCCUGCAGCUGUCUUCAUUGCUAGACAUGGCGCUCGUCUUGACGCCUCAGACAAGUCAUGGCACCUCACAUCACCGACACCCUACGAUCCACCUCUCACAUACGGCGGCUGGUCACAAGCCAAAUCGCUUGGCCUGCGCAUAGCAGCUCUGCUACAUCAACAGGACAUUGAGGAGACUGAAGCGGCAAAGAAUGGGGCGAACGAGGACCUGGCGCAUCUCGAGUUCAGCGCGCUGGACGCCCCCAAGACACAACCACUUAGACCCAAGAAAAAGAAGCGCAAGAUUGUAAUACAUUCAAGUCCCUUCCUGCGAUGCGUGCAAACGAGCACAGCAGUCGCAGCAGGCAUAUCGCAGUACAAGCCCGAGGCAACUCCAAAGCUUGGAGUGCCAGCACCAUCGAAGGAACACAGCGGCGUGCUAGGAAGCUCUCCUUUGGCAAGGUCGACACGCUCACAGUCACCACGUUCGGGAUCAUCUUCGGUACAGCCCGCGUACCUUGAUCCGUUGGCAGACCCCACCCUCGAAGUCUAUUCGAAGCCACGCAAAGGCGAGGAGAAAAUCCUCCUGCGCAUCGAUGCAUUUCUUGGAGAAUGGCUGUCACCCGACUACUACGAAGACAUUACACCACCGCCGAACUCGACAAUGAUGGUCGCAGGCGCGAAAGCGGACCUGCUACGGAGGGGAGACAACUUGCAGGCACAGCCAGAUGCGAACAGCAGCAAAGGUCAUUUCCCCGGUGGCUGGGGAGGACCAAGCAAAGGUACUGCAGUAUCGACCCUCGGUCGGUCAAGCGUCGAUGAUGGAGCUUUCUCCAGCAUGAGCAACCUCGCACAGAACUUACCACCAACCAGAGAGCGUGCUAGUAGUCUGAGUAGCAGAGCAGUCCAAGCACCGAAAACGAGAGGCGGCUUCCUAUCACUCAAUCCAUCCACACGUCAUAUCAUCAAAAAGAACUACAACUCUCCUGCUCCGUCAUACUCUGUGUCGCCCUCCGACCCCAUACCAAGAGGAUAUGUCGCCCAUGCGCGAGAGGCGUGCGUUACAGUCGACUUCCAGUGGGACAGCAUGCGACCACCACAAGAGUGGGGCGAUGGUGGUGAGUACGGCGACGAAUGGAGUACUAUGCACAAGCGGUUCCGCAAAGGGUUGGCUGGCAUGAUGGAAUGGUACAGAGAGCAUGGGGCCACACCUCCAAAAGACCAGUUUCCCGGCUUCACCUUUUCAGACCAGCCAAAGGCUACUAAAGAGCUGAGACUAUCUGCACCUCAAGGCACGAACUUCGCAGUAAACCCUCUUCCACUACUGAACAGGAAAUCAGAAGACGAAGAAGAGGAACUCGUGCUUGUUCUCAUCACACAUGGCGCGGGCUGCAACGCUCUGCUUGGUGCCAUUCAGAACCAGCCUGUCCUCAUAGAUGUCGGUCUGGCUUCACUGUCCAUGGCCGUACGACGGGGCCAUCCUCGGAAGCCUUCCGUUCCAACUGUUUUCCAGCGGCGGUUGUCAGUUGCGGACCCUGUCAUGUCAGAGUCUUACGAGAUGAGACUGCUCGCAUCGGUGGAUCACCUGCGACCUGGUGUAAACCCAGCAGUUCUCUCACAGCCCGAAUCAGCGAUUCAGUCACCCGCAGUGCACCCUAGCCCAACGACCGGAAAUUACAGGAGACGGUUCACCGGCGGUUCCUCUGGGUUGAACACCCCUAGUGACUCUCCCUUUACUCUUGAUGCCUCUUACAGAAGCUGGCUUGGAAAUUCCAGCGGCGUGCGAAGGACAGCAAGUUCAGGCUCAAAUUCGCGAUACACACCAAGCCAUCUCAACGACAGUGGAAUAUCGUCAUCAUCAACCGGCUUGUGGUCGAGCCCACGUAUGGUGGCAUCAGAUGCAGCCAGUGAUGGCAGAGCGAGUCCUGGUGCUGACAUGGUGCUCAACUUCUCGAACCAGCAACCUACGCCAAAACCAAGAUCAGCUGUCACCGCAACUAGUCAACCCGUUGCAAGCACUGUGGCCGAGACGAAGAACAAUCUGACGAGAAUAACGACCAAUGAGGAACGGGAAUCUGGAGACUCUGUAGCACCACUGCUAAACACUCUCAACCGAACGAACAGCACAUCAAAAUCUGCUAGUGGUGGUAGCCUCUGGGGCGAGAAACCUCAGGCAAGCACUCAUCAGGGCCUUUGGGGCCCGCCGAAGCUCGCAGGUGUGGCUGAGCGUGAGAGUGGGCCUAAGAGGAGGUGGACUAUUACGGAGCACAACCAGUAA